CAUUUUUGCUGCAUCUCUUUGCAAACUUAAGGACAAGCUGGUGAUAGCUCUAUGAGGAACAUCUCAUCUCUUUCUCCAUCAGGCUUUCGCAAUUGAAGAAAAUCCUUCCCUCCUGUAACAUGAGAUAGAUAGCGCACCUCACCCCACCUUCUCCAUUUCCUUUUUUACUUUUCUAACAGGUGCUUGAAUUGCUCCUUUAAAAAUUGCUGGUUUUUGUUAUUUUCCAAUCAAGUUGGUGCCCUAGUAGCUUUUUUGUAGAAAGGCAAAAGGGGGGAAAUUUUCUGAAGUGGAGGAUUUUGCUUUGGGUUGUUUACUGUCUUUGUUUACCUUGCCUUACUGUGAGUGACUUCUCUACUUUGCUAGCUGUUUUAUUUUCAUUAUGUUCACUGCCUUGCUACUGUUAACAUGGAAUGUGAGAGUUUGGUUUUGAUAAAUAUGGUUAUGUUGGGUGUUUGAUUUAUGUGAACUUACUGAGGUUGUUGAUUUUUAUUUGGGCGCUCUUUGUACGAUGCUUAUCAGUUAUCUUGUAUUGGUACUUGUUGUUUGUGCUCUAUAUCAAUUGAACAGUUUGGUUUUGGUUUCGGUAUAAUGAUUGUUCUCUUAUGUUUAUUAUUAGCUUUUGAAAUCAGUCUUGAACUUCUAUUGAAAACCAAAUUUUGUAACUAUCUUUUAAGUUUAUGUUAACAAUUUUCUUUCGAGUGGGUUAAUUGUUCAAUUUUUAUGGGCACUACCAGCAUCAACAUGGUAUGAAUAUAUGGGAGGAUCAUACCAAGUCAAUUGUAGAAUUAAGAAAUUGAUUAUUUCAUAUGAAUUCUUGGGUAUCUUGCAAAAUUUCAGUGGUAGAUUUAGAGUUUUGUUUGGGGAUUAUGUUGAGUUAAAAAUCAUCUGUCUUCUUCCUUUGCCCCUUGCCAGUGAAACAACUCGUUCUAGAAAACAUCUUAUGAUAUAGUAUGGAUUAAAGUAUCUAUAAUUCUAUAUGGUGGUUAAACAAAAUGGAGCCUCGAGUAAAGAGCAAAGAACAAAGAGCCAUUAGGUUGCUUCUUCUCAUAGUGCUCCAUGCAUUGACUGCCUUGGCAUUUCAGAGAGAUAGUUUGGUUCCAUUUUUUCGUAAAUAUUGUAUUGGCAUACAAGUUGACUCUCAUAGAAAGGCAGUUGCUGCUACUGCUGCUGGUAGAUUUAAAGAUGAAAUUAUCCCUGUGGCAACCAAGGUUGUUGAUCCAAAAUCUGGUGAUGAUGGGAUUCGAAAUACAACAUUGUCAGACCUAGCAAAGUUGAAGCCUCUGUUUAAGAAAGAUGGGACCACGUACCACUGCUGGGGGGCUCUGCAAAAUGGGAAUGGCUUUCAUGGUGUUACACCCACAAGAGCUAGCAAGGAAUAUGGAGGGAGCAAUAUGCCACUAAAUCAUAUUGAGAAUGCCUCAGAACUUGAAAAUAAGAGAAGUGAUGGGGUAAACUUAUCGAAGGCCAAUUGCGGGAGUGAGACAUUCUAGGUUUUGUUGAAGCCAGAAGCAGUUAAAGGCCAAGAGCUAUCGAAAAUAGGAAUGUUUUUAAUUCUUGUGUAGCUAACUAGGAAUGCCUUUGUUUAGUGCAUUAUCUAGUUACUUGAAUGUAUGAAUGCUUGAAUAACGGUACUUGAAUGAUAUGGAUUAGAGUACUGUUUAUAUCGUAAU